AUGGGUCUGAACUACUACGCCUCAUCGCCAACCGUGGUCCUGCCGCCCCAACAACCGCAGGCCUACUUCUCACAUCACCAAAGCGCCUCAUCACCAAUGGGUAAUAUGCGUCCCAAAUACCCUACUCCACCAUCGCUCAACUAUCUAGCCGCAACUUCCAAUGCCACCGCUGGGCGCAAACGUUCCAUUGCCGACGUCGACGAACCGGAGGAGAACCUACCUGUCGGAUCCAUUAUCACUCAAUCGCCUUCGAAACCAAAGGCCGAGCCUGUGUACGGCCCAGGAAUGACCCUCAUCUACCCUGGAGAGCCCGGCUACAGAAUGGCUGCCGAGUCUCAAUCAGGCACCUGGUACGAAGAGAAAAUCGAGAAGGAAGAGAAAGCUGAAGCUGUUCGUCCUAUUGCCAUCUCGCGCAAAUCAGUUCGCAUGAGCCCAACUGCCAAUAUCCAAAUCCCCUCCCUCAACGACAUGGACGCUCAGAAGACUGAAGAGCUCAUCGACGACAACGGCACUACAGUUAAUAAGCUCAUCAUGGCCCUCGGAGUAGGCUGGAAGAACGUCAUGUCCAACCCCAACCUACGCGAUGCAGCACGCGCAUAUGCGCGCGUAAUUGAGCGUCACUUCGACUUCACUGAUGCUCUUGUCAUGCUUGAGAAGGAGUCGAUCAAUGCCUACCUGGUACGCGCCAAACAACACGGCGUCCAAGGCUACUGGCUAUUCUCGGACAGCCUCCAGUGGUGCCAGCUCGUAGGGUGGUCGCUUGAGCGAACAGUCAACAACCUCAUGUUCGGAUCUACUCCUCGCGUCGAGGGCGAGCGCAUCAAUGCUCGCCAGCUCACUCCAACUCCGGAGCCUGCUGCGGCGUCCAUUUCCCAGCCCGUCGCCGACAUUCCCAUGGCUGCUGCGGACGUGGAUGCAAUGGAGAUUCUAAAAAUGGCAACCCGCGCCAUCAAGCACGGCUUUGCCUACGCUCCAAGCGCUGCCGAAGAUACCGCUCCUCAGCAACGCGAACAUGUCGCGCGCAACGCGUCGCCCAGCACCCCCGACACCAUUGCCUAG